GGACUGAACUAACAGUCUGGUCUGCUGUUCUGCAGCAGAAAGCAGGAGUCAUUAGCAACAGUACAGCUGCUGUUUUUAAGACCAUAAAUCUCCUUGAUUACUGCCAGUCUGCUGCUACAUGGUCUACAGCUGAAACACAGGAGGUGUCUGUAAUAUUUAGCAAAGCAGGGUGAAUUCACUGAUCAGCAGAGUCAGAGAGAGAAACAGAGGUGAAGGAGGGAGCUGCUGUUUCACUGUAAGGCAGAAAGUGUUGGAAGACUUCAGGGACGCAUUGGAGCAAAAUCAGGAGGUGAAGAAACCUGUUGAGUUCAUGUUGCAGAGGGUGGAGAAGGAGAGCUGGCAACAGGACGAAUCAGGCGGGAAGAGAGGAGGAAAAAAAUAGGACAGAAAUAAGAAGCAGGAGUCCACAGCUGAAGAGGAGAAAGGUGAUUUUAUAAAAAUAGAAAAAGGGAGAAAACUGAGUUUGAAGGUGAAGUGUGGAACCUAGUAGAAAAAAGAAAAAUACUUUGCAGUGAGCGUUAAAAGUAAAGAAAUGAGAAUGAGAUGAAAGUCUAGACGGUUAAAUUGCAGUGGGCUGUGGAGAGCACCAGGACCAGAGUGGCGCAGGAGCGACUGUGGGCGGGGAGAGAGGAAGUGUGGUCGACAGGAGAGGAAUUUAAAGUCCCAUUGUUCUGGAGGAGCAGAGGCAGAGAGAACUGAGGAGCCGAGGAGUCGAAACCACCGACAGACGCUGGACAACAUGGACGUGAGCUCAGCCAUGGAGAAGAUGUCUGUAAAGCAGAGUGCAGGAGGAGGACUUGCAGCGGUGUGUCUUGUAUGUGAGAGCUGCUCUGGAUUCCAGCCACAUUCUUGGAGGAAAGCCUGUAUCGCCUGCGGCUGCAGCACAGUCAACCACGCUCCUGGAAGUGAUGUCGAAGACGACCAGCGAAUGGGACGCCUGCUCACAGACUCAUCCUGCUCCCAUUUGACAGCGAAGGUUAAAGGAGGCGGCGGCCUUCGCAUGUACAAAAGGAACCGAAUGAUCGUGACCAAUCCGGUGGUGUCACGUAAAGACCCGACGUUCAACACGACGACAUACGACUGGGCGCCGGCCGGCCUCAACCAGACACUGGCCAUGCAGUACAUGGAGCUGAUCCCGGAGAGUCAACGUCCUGUCUCGGGGACAGAUGGAGCGUUGGAGCGACGCAGGCAGCUCUUCAAUCAGCUCCCCGUCCACGAUCAGGACCCCAUGAAGUGUCAGAGCCUGGCCAGUGAGGAGGAGAUUUCCUCCAUGCUGCUGUUUGUGAAGCACUACAAACAGGAGGUGCUGGGAGUCGGGGAGGUGGCCUUACCUGGUGAGGGCGGAGCUCUGAGGGAAGCAGCCAUUCAGAGGACAGCGAAGGAGGCCAAAGACCGCAGCAACAGCGACAAGAAGGAUCAGGACCACGGCUCGACCAAUCGCAGCACUGCCUCCGCUGCUGGUUCCACUAAUGGAACAGAAGACAGCACAAAGACUGAAUAUCGGUGUGCUGGUUGCAAAGGUGAGGUUGCCAAGGAGUUUCCAGCUGUUUAUGCUGAGCGUGCAGGUUACCAUAGCGCCCUGUGGCAUCCCACCUGCUUCGUAUGUUCAGAGUGUGGCCAGGAAUUGGUGGACCUGGUCUACUUCUGGUCCAAUCAGAAGCUGCUCUGCGGAAGACACUACUGUCAGACGGUCUGGCCGCGAUGCUCAGGCUGUGAUGAGUUGAUCUUCUGCCAGUCUUUCCACACGGCGAAAGAUGGACGGACGUGGCAUCAUCAUCAUUACUGCUGCUGGAAGUGCGGGCAAAACCUGGACACACCCUGUCACCACUGAGACACUCACACAAUACAGAGUUCAGUACAAUAUGGUGUUCAGUUUUAAGAUGUUUAAGCACUGCUCGAAAACAGAAUGAUAAGGAGCUUCAGAGGCAGUGAAGCAGUACCAAACGAAAAUGUCAGACAAGACAAAAAAAAUAUUAAUCUAAUAAAUCUAAUAUCGACUGUUGGUUAGCUUGUUUAUAUAGAACAAAAGAAAUAGGUAAAGAUAAAUAAUAAAGAAUAAGUAGAGCUUUAGUUGACAAUUAGUAUUCAAAAUACUGUAUUCUACAAAGAAAAAAGGCCCAGCUGAUACAUUGAUAUUUAAAAUACUUAAGACAUCUAGCUGACACUGAAGUACUCAAAGACUUGUUCAGUUGAGCCUACUGGUGUUUCAAGUACUUAACGAAAUGUUUAGUUGACACAAAAGUGUUUUAAGUACUUAAAGAAACAUUUGGUUGAUUUAUUAGCACUUAAAGUACUGACAGUGACUGGAGCCAGAUGUGCUGGUUUCAGCCUGCUGUGUUUCAGAUACAAACAGCAGCUUGUUGCUGGGAGGAGCAGACCUGACAGCUAAGACGAUCAAAUCAAAUGAGAAAUAAAUAUAUUAGUAAAUAUACAUUUAAGAAAAUAAAAUUUUAAGACAUUGACAAAUGCAUGUGACAAAACAAUCGCAACUCAAGGUUCACUUACUAGCUGGUCCCGGAGCUUUUAACCUUUUAACCAACACAGUCUCAUCAGCAGAUGGCGUAGGCUCAGUUGUCGUGGAACUAGAUGUUCAAAGUCUCCGUUUUUCUGAGCACUGUUAGGAUUUUCUGUCCCGUGAAUCAAAGUUCUUGACCUUGAAAAAAUCAGUUUGACAAAACAGUCUCAACUCAUGGUCUACUUACUAGCUUGGAGCUUUCGACCGUAUCACACCAUCUUCAUCAGCAGAAAAAGUUUGAACAUCUACUGUACGUCAUGAACAUCGACAGUCCCACGACAACUAAGCAAACUCCAUCUGCUGAGAUCAGGAAUGAAGCUCGAUAAUUAUAUUUUAUUUAUCUCUGUCUCCUCAGGAUUUAUUUUGUCCUGCAUGACGUAGCUAAGAGUUUUUCAGCUUUUAAUCCCAUGUUGAGCCACUUGAAUGCAAUACUGUAUAUCAUCAUUUCUGUGUGAUGUAUUUGGAGCUCUCUUCAUGCUUUUCAAAAUAUCAUACAUAGGUAUAAAUUCAAAUUUACAUACGGGGUCAUGGAAAUACUGGUACUUAAAAACAGUUUCAAGGACCAGAGAAAGUCAAGAAAACCUGAUUUAACCCUUAAAGGUCUGCUUCAUACUGUCAUAGAUUGUAUUUUGAAGGGGCACACUGCAAAAAAUCUUGUAAUUCUUUCUUGUAAUUGAAUUUUAUUUCCUUAAAACAAGUGAAAUAAUGUGCUAGUGCAGUGAGAAUAUGUCAACAGAUUUUUAGUAUGAAUCAACUUAUCUUAAAAUAUGUACGAAAUUGUAAUUAAAUCCUAAUGUGAGGUUUGAAUCUGUGCAGAUAUCACUUGUUAGCAUUUAUUUCAAGCAGAAAUAAUCUAAACCUCAGAGAACUGGACAGGCAGAAGGCUGCAAAAGGCAUAUAACUAAUUAGUAAUUAAUAGGACUCUGCUGGAUUUUUUUUUGUGUUUUUUCUGCAUUAGAUUUCAACCCUCUUGGGUGGUGUGUUUGUUAUACUAAUUGUACAAUUAGAAAGUAUGGAUUUUACUUACCAUUAAUAUGUAAUUUCCUUCUCUUUCCUUUCUGUUUGACGUGUUGUUUCAGUCAAACUGCAGAUCCAUUUGCAUUUAACCUCUUUCAUGAACAUGGGUCUCUGCUGCUGCUAAACGCUGCUUUAUGUUACUUAUAUUAGUUUUAUAUUUUGCUAACACUAACAAAGAGUACUGUGAGGUACACAAAGUUUUCUGGCUGCAAAAUUAGUAAUUUUGCAAUGUGCUAAAACCCCUGAAAACAAGUUAGCCAGAAAUAAAGUCUGCGCUAGACAGAAGCUAAUUAGCUUUACUUUUGUUCCAUGAAAUAUAAUUCAUCAAUACAAUCAGGUAGCAUAACAUCAGCUAAUAUUUGCAUGUUUUUUUAAUCCUUCAGUUACUGUUUGAAUUGAUUGCUGUUACUGUAACAAAAUGCUAAUUGUUUAGAAACAAGGACAAUAUUUUAGCUAGCGAUAUUGUUUGACGUGAUUAGCUAAAUAUAGCAUAUUGACAAACAAUACCGUUGAAUACAGGCUUAUCUGUGACAGACAAGAUGAAACAGUAGAAUAUAGCAAUAUCAAACUGAAUAUUGAUAGUUUUAUCUCAGUGUGUCCAGUAUGACACGUUUAGCCGGGAGCGUAUCUAUGUUCCCCGGCUCAAUAUCCUUAAUAUGACACAUUAAGGAGACCUUUCAAAGGGUUUUAUGUUCUCAGCAAUGUUUUUCCCUGGAUGAAAUGUCCAAUGUAUGUUUCCCUGGGUCAGUAUUCUGAAAUCACCCACCUACAGCUUAUAGCUUACUGACGUUAUACUCCUUGAAACCUACACCCUCACAUUUGUGGGCAAGACAGUUUUCUUGACUUUAGACAUUGAUAUCUCCACAGUGGCAGAAAAUAUUUUUUCCAUUCAAACUGCAUUUGAAACGUCUAUCUCCCUUCGUUCUUUUGCAAUUUGAACUUCAAAGAUAGUCCUUACUUAUAGCCCUUUGACAUAGGAGCCUGGGGACAUAGGGAUGAGCCCGUUUAGCCUAGCUUAGCACAAAAACUGGAAGUGGGGGGGAAACUGCUAGCCUAGCCUAGCCAAGCUCAAUCAAUUAUGAAAUAAUACAUGUUUGAAAUUAACACAACGAGAUAAGCUCUUUGUCUGGGUGAUUGAUGAUAAACAAGGAUUUCAAAAAUCCCCUCUGUGAAGGAAAUUAAGUUUUUGUUAUAAUGUGUAGAAUUGUUUUUUUUUUUGAAGACCAGAAACUGGCAGAUCGCCGGUGUGAAAAACGUAUGUUUUAAAUUAAGAAGUUUUAUGCUGUGUUCACAAUUCACAGUGAGUAAUUCAGUACACAGUGGUGGACACUAACUGUGUGAUGGCACAGAUGGUAUUUGGUGCUUUGAAGGUAACUAACUUGUUCAGUGUUUUUUCUAUUGCAUUGUGGGCAGGGGCGGAGGACUCGGGGGGGAUCAAAGAUACUAGAAUGAAUGGCUGUGGAUGGGGGAGGGGUCCACAGAGAAAGCCCAUGUACAGGGUCCAGACAACAAUAUACAACGAUACUAAUUACUGAAUUCCACUGUGAAAAGUGAGUGAUGUAGCAUAAGUCAUUAUUUUACUGUUUUAAAUCAGCAUGAUGAUGUUUUUAUAUAGCCUAGAUGAAAGGUUUUGAAGUGAUGAUGGCGUCUCCUGCAGGGAUUAAUGAUAAUCCCACGCCAGGUUAUGGUUGAAUGUCAUGUUUUGGAAUUUGUUUUUGCAUCAUUUCUUUCUUCAGGGGAAAAUCAUCACACGUCAGAGAAAGUAAAGUUGCUGCUGAUCGUGUUUUGACAGCUGAUGGGUUGGAAUUAAAGUUACUUCUGAUUGAA